CACACACAAAGCUCGUGACACCGCUGUGCUGGCUGGCAGUGGCGAUGGCGAUGCCGGCGUCUUGCCCUGUGCUUGAGUUUGUGGACGAUCAGAGCGAUAGUAUCGUCACGGACUUGGCGUACGACUACCACGGCAGACGACUAGCCUCGGUGUCGGCAGACGGUGUGAUUCGAAUACGGGAUCUCGACGACAACGGCGUCUGGUGCGUCGAAGAAGGCUGCGAGAUCAAGCCGGCGCAUCAGGGUACCCUUUGGAAGGUGGAUUGGGCGCAUCCCGGCUUCGGGAAGCAGCUUCUGGCGACGUGCUCGCAGGAUAGAACCGUCAAGAUAUGGGAGGAACACAGCGAGGCUGCCCCCGGGCAAGAGCGAAGCGGGAUCGGGCUGUCGAGAGGGGCGCCGGCGCGCUGGAUAGUCGCGACCACCCUGAAGGACAGCCGCUACGGCGUCGUGGACGUCAAGUUCGCGCCGCGUCACCUGGGCUUGAGGAUAGCGUCCGCCUCUGAGGAUGGGCACGUGCGGGUGUACAAGGCCACCGACCUGUCUUCGGUCAGCGGUUGGAAGAUGGCGCCUUGGUCCUUCGUGCCGUGUCCCGAUGGCCUGGGAGUGACGUGCAUCUCGUGGUGCAGCUCGCCCUUCCUGAAGCCGCUGUUGGUGGUGGGCACCAUGUCGGGUUUAGUUCAGAUCUGGCUCAGCGACGGCACUACGGAGGAGCUGGGGAAGUGGUCCAAGGUGCUCGACCUGCCCGAGCACGGAUCACGUGGCGUAUCCUCCGUGAGUUGGUCGCCACAGUUUUGCACCACGUUCGACCGCAUCGCCACGUGCGGAGGGGACGGGCGGGUUCGGGUGCACCGCUUGGAGCGGCGAGAUCUUGCGGAGGCGGCCUGGGCCAGCACGCAGACAGCCCACCUCAAGGACGAGAAGGGAGAGACGAAGGGGGUGGCGUGGAGCGCAGAGUGGGACGUGAACGGCUCCGCGCUUUGUUCGACGGACGGAAACACCUGCCGCACGUGGAUAUCCGAAGGCGACGGCGUCAGCAACAACUGGUGCUGCACCGAUGUCUUCCAGGAGGUCGGCGUCGGUGGCAGCGGAGGCGGCGGCGUCGCCGGCACGGACAGGAAGACCGCGAUGGAUCGGUACGAGGAGGGUUCGGCACCGGCCCCUCCGGCAACGGUCCCCGAGAUCUUGGAAGGCUGA